CAUUCGUAACGGGGUUCGUGUCGGGGGGUAUUAAGAACUCCCGGGGGUAUAAAGGCCCAGUAGACCCCGCUCCGGACCAUUGCCCAUCUCUAUGCCCCGCUGAACAACGACAGUCGCUGUCAACUUCCGAAAUGCAGUCUACGACACUCCUGGUGGCACUUUGCCUUGCUUUCAACCUGCAGUUAGCCCGGACGUUCGGCGACGACGGCGAAGGAUCCCAUUCAAAAAAAGUCAUAAUCAAAGUACCUGUACACGAGAAGAUUAUAAAACAUACGCACACUGUCUACAAAAUAAUAGAUGGAGGAAAGAAGGAGCAUACGGUAAAUCAUAAGCAUGAGCAUAAGGGUCACGUAGACCACGUUCAUAGCCAUGCUGGCCAUGGCGAACACAGCCAUAAGCAUUCCGGCACUCAUGGGCACGGACACAAGCACACCGGAGGCUUCGGUCACGCUCAUAAGCACGGUGGAGCUUUCAACCACGGUCACAAACACACGGGCCAGGCGGUCCAUGGGCACAAGCACCACGGCUCAUCGGAUCACACUCAUAAGCACGGUGGCGACUUCGACCACGGGCACAGUCACAAAGGGCACCAUGUGCACGGGCACGACCACCAAGGCCACUUGGGCCACGGGCACGGCCACGAGGGACAUGUCGGACACGGACACGAGCACUCCGGACACGCCCAUCACGGCCACAAUCACGACGGGCACCUUGCCCACGGCCACGACCACGGCGGACACUACGGACACGAACACGACCACCAGGGUGACGUCGACCACGGGCACAAGCACUUCGGUCGCUACGGUCACGGCCACAAACACAUAGGACACUACGGACACGGGCACAAGCACCAUGGUUACAGUGGCCACGCCCACUCCCAUGCCAUCCACGACGACGAUCAUCACCACCACACCUCCGCCGAUGAAUCCUCGGAUUCGAACGGGGAAUUCAACGUCUACGCGCAAAUCGGACAGGAGAUAUAUCCUUACUUGCAAUAGUCAAAUUCUUAAGAAUGAUAUACCAAAAAGAAAGCGUUCGUUUCAAACCAAAUGGCCAAAGAGCGUCCAAAGUUAACCAAUAACGUUAUGUUUAUUUAUAUUGUUGUUAAUUUGUUUAUUUG